AUGAUGAGGAGAAUCUAUUCAAUUUCGCAUUUAGGGUUCUUCGUUCCCCGGAAAACAAUAUACAGAACUUUUCGGUUCAAUGCGCGGGGUUACUGCGAUCCUUCUGGCCUUGCUUCGCCCAAAACUCAAGGGCCAUUGGCGCGGUACAGGGAUUUGGUUGGGGAAGGCAAGCUGCGGCAUGAUCCGUAUCAGGAGAGAGUUGCAAUUGAAUUGGAAAAGCUACUCGGAAGACUGGAGCAGUAUGAGAGAGAAAUGGAGGAGUAUCACGAAAAGCUAGCCAAUUGGGAGGCGGAGAGGGAGCAUGAGAGGCGGAAGCUUAUGAUGGAUGAAGCCGAGAGAAAGCAGCAGGGGGGCAAUCAGUCCAGCAAACUUGUUGAAAGAUGGGUGUUCAGAAAGAGACCUGAAAAUCUGGAGCCUGGAGUAGGCAAAUGGGUUUCUUACCUAAACAGAGAGAGGAAGCUUGAUUCGCUUGUUGGUAGCCGUCCUACUGGUCCUGCAGCACCAAAAGGACUGUAUAUAUAUGGGAAUGUUGGAAGUGGGAAGACAAUGCUGAUGGAUAUGUUUUAUGGUGCCACAGUAGGACUAGUCAGACAUCGGAGAAGAUUUCACUUUCAUGAGGCAAUGCUGAAUAUAAAUGAGCAUAUGCAUAAUAUAUGGAAGAAUCAAGUGGAGGAGAAACCUUUCCACUCAAGCAUAUCUAGUUGGAUUAUGAAUCUUCCCUUUGAUAUGAAAGUUAAGGAGUGGUUAGCUGCAGAAGAAAAAUAUAAUCGAGAGUUGCAUAUGAAACACAUUCUUCCUGCUGUAGCGGACAAGUUCCUUAUAGACCAGCAAACAGGUCAAAGAGGGGCUAGUGUUCUUUGCUUUGAUGAGAUACAGACGGUUGAUGUGUUCGCUAUUGUGGCCUUAUCUGGAAUUCUGGGAAGAUUGUUAGCUUCAGGGACUGUUCUUGUUGCGACCAGUAAUCGAGCGCCAAAGGAUUUAAAUCAGGAUGGCAUGCAAAAGGAAAUUUUCCAGAAAUUACUUUCAAAAAUUGAAGAGCAUUGUGAGAUAGUAUUGAUUGGAAGUGAGAUUGAUUACCGCCGUUUUGCAGCCCAGAGAUGUGAGCAUCAGGUUCGCUAUUUCUGGCCUCUGGAAAGCAAUAUUGUGAAUGAGUAUGAAAAUCUGUGGUGUCAGCUGACCAACCAACUGGGGGGUCGAAUCACCUCUGAAACCAUCCCUGUUAUGUUUGGAAGAAAACUGGAUGUCCCUGAAAGCUGCAAAGGAGUUGCAAGGUUCUCAUUUGAGUAUCUAUGUGGUCGGCCGUUGGGCGCAGCAGAUUAUAUCGCUGUAGCAAAACAUUAUCAUACUGUUUUCAUCUCAGAUAUCCCAGUGAUGAGUAUGAGAAUCCGUGACAAGGCACGUAGAUUUAUCACCCUGGUAGAUGAGUUAUACAACCAUCAUUGCUGUAUGGUGUGUCAUGCAGCAUCUGCUAUUGAUGACUUGUUCCAAGGAACUGAAGAGGGUACCCUCUUUGAUCUGGAGAGUUUUCAAUUUGAAACAGAGAUAGAAGGUAGCAAACUUCGUAGAGAUGUUUUAGCCGAGGGAAAAGUGAGCUCUGCAGGUGCACCAACUGGAAUCAUUUCCAUGCUAUCCGGUCAUGAAGAAGGCUUUGCUUUCCGUAGAGCCGUUUCUCGCCUAAUUGAGAUGCAGACGCCUUUAUACCUGGAAGGAGUAAGGGCACUUCACCCUUACUUCCAGCUCCAGAGUCAUGUUGCUCACAGAUCAAGUCCAAGUUCCGGCACUUUACGAUCUCAAGUUUCUCCAUAA